UUCUGUCUACAACAGUAAAAUAAUGUUGGUCAUCCUGCUUGUCCUCUGAUGAGCUGUUAACAGUUUCCAUGCAGGCCGGUCACUGUGGGAGGAAACUCAUCCAUCCACAGGAGAACAUGGAGACUCAGAGUCACAACAUGAACCUAUCAGUGGUUCAUCUUCUCUCUGUUCGGUUCGUUCUGAUGUUUGGGGCAACAAUAAAUGAUUCUCAUGAUCCCAAGAAGUUGCAGAAAGACAGGCAGGGAUCUGUUUAUUUUUUUAAAUUGAUUUUUUAAAUCGAUUUUGAUGUAGGCUACUAUCAAUUCUGAAUCGUAGUAAAUAAAGAUGUGAUUUCUUUUGCCACAGAGCAACUGGCUGCCUUUACAAGUGAGUCCACCUCACUCCUGCCCCCUGCUGGCCGCUCCAGACCUGCCAGCUCUUCUAACCGGAUCAUUUUCCUGUUCGGUUCGGUCCGCGCAGCAGGUCGGAUCUCAGUCGGACCAAGCUGGGGAAGUCUGUGUGUCUCCGAAUCCAUUUCCUGCUUUUAGCAAACUUCUCCCGACCUCUGAGAGCGGAGCCGCCUGUUAGACAGGAGGAAGAGGAGGAAGAGGAGGAAGAGGAGGAAAAGGAGGAAGAGGAGGAAGGUCCUGCUGUCGGAACAAGAUGAAAACAAAGCAGCAGGUUUCAGGACACCGCGGUUAGAUAACCGCAUUAUUAUCUCUGCGAGGGACAGGUGGACAUCCUGGGGGACGGGUGGACAUCCUGGGGGACGGGUGGACAUCCCGGGGGACAGGUGGACAUCCUGGGGGACGGGUGGACAUCCCGGGGGACAGGUGGACAUCCCGGGGGACGGGUGGACAUCCCGGGGGACAGGUGGACAUCCCGGGGGACAUGUUGGACUCAGAGACUUUAACUUCCUGAUGCUCCACCUGAACCGCAGCGGCUUCGCCCUGAAAGUAUCUUGCUCUGAGUUGGUCUUCCUCGUUAGCUUGACCCACAGAAAGUUCUUCCAUCCCGUCCCGGAUCUGCUGCCAGCAUGCCCAUCAUUAGCAAUGCCAAUCAUGACUUCAGCACCUACUCCAUCAGCAGCGACGAUAGCAGCCUGGACCGCUUCUUCACUGAGAUCCCAGAGACCGAGACCCUAAAGGGGGUGUACUUCCAACGUGCCCAGCUGCUGCGGGAACCCCAGGCCUCCUUCACGGUGGACCACGCCGUACAGGUCCUCAUCAACGUCGGGGGGAACCGCUACGCCUUCCCCUGGAGCACGCUGGAGCAGUUCCCCCAGAGCCGGCUGGCCCGUCUUCGCUCCUGCACUACGCCGGAGGAGAUCGCUCGGCUCUGCGACGACUACGACGAGACGUGCCGGGAGUUCUUCUUUGACCGGAACCCCACGGCCUUCAGGGUCAUCCUGAACUUCCUGGCGGCGGGGAAGCUGCGUCUUCUUCGGGAGCUGUGCGCCGUCUCUUUGCACGAUGAGCUGGACUACUGGGGCGUGGACCCGGGCCACAUGGAGCGCUGCUGCCGGCGGCGGAUGAUCACCCGGGUGGACGAGGUGGGAGAGCGCCGGCGGAAGGAGGAGGAGUGGAGGCAGAAGAGGAUGAAGCUGAAGAAGAGACCCCCGCAGGCGGAGAAGGGCUACCGCAGGAUGGUGUCGGCGCUGCGGGAGGUGAUGGAAAACCCACACUCAGGUUUGGCAGGGAAGAUCUUCGCCUGCCUGUCCAUCAUCAUGGUUCUGGUGACUGUGGUCAGCCUCUGCAUCAGCACCAUGCCGGACCUCAGAGACGAGGAGAACCGGGGCGAAUGCUCCCAGAAGUGUCGCAACAUGUUCGUGGUGGAGUCUGUGUGUGUGGCCUGGUUCACCCUGGAGUUCCUGCUGCGCUUCGUCAACGCUCCCUCCAAGCUGGCCUUCGCUCGCGGCCCGCUCAACAUCAUCGACGCCGUCGCCAUCCUGCCGUACUACGUGUCGCUGGUGUUCGACGUCGGGGAGGAGGCGCAGGACGAGGCGGCGAUGGGGGCGGGCCGCGGCUACCUGGACAAGCUGACCCUGAUCCUGCGGCUGCUGCGGGCGCUGCGGAUCCUGUACGUGAUGCGGCUGGCGCGCCACUCCCUGGGCCUGCAGACGCUGGGCGUCACCAUGCAGCGCAGCAUGCGGGAGUUCGGCCUCCUGCUGCUCUUCGUCUGCGUGGCCGUCGCCCUCUUCUCUCCGCUGGUCCACCUGGCCGAGAGCGAGCUGGCGCCGUUCGCCGCCGCGCACCCCCAGCACAGCUUCAGCAGCAUCCCGGCCUCCUACUGGUGGGCCAUCAUCUCCAUGACUACGGUGGGCUACGGCGACAUGGUGCCGCGCAGCGUCCCCGGCCAGAUGGUGGCGCUCAUCAGCAUCCUGAGCGGCAUCCUCAUCAUGGCGUUCCCGGCCACCUCCAUCUUUCACACCUUCUCUCGCUCUUACCAGGAGCUGAAGCAGGAGCACGAGCGCGUGUGGAAGCAGGAGCGCCACGAGGAGAUGAGCGACUUCUCGCAGGAAGACUUCUCGUCUGCGUCUAAAAAGAAAAGCGACGGACUGACGUCCAACGAGAUGCAUCGGUCCACGCUGCCACCCUCUGCUUUCUGAUGGACAUUUCCAGUGUUCGUCCCUUUAAAUCUUUGAUCUGACCCCCAGAUGGACAUCCAGCUGCGGCCCCUAAGGGCCCAGGUCUGCAGGUCUGGGAUGCAUCCAGGUAACCAACCUGCAGGAUCUGAGCCGGAGGAACUGCUGAUGUUGGGUCUCCAGCUGAGGAGUCUUCCUUUAAUGUCUUCUUCUUCAGGUUUAGUUUUGUUCAGUGCUGCAGCUUCAACCCUUUAACGAGUCCAGAUUUAGAGAAUCUGUUGCAUGUGAUCCAGAAGGUCCAUCUUUUCAAAUCCCAGCCAACAUUUAGUCUGAUUUCCCCCUGAUAGUCCGGAAGACCCGGUUCUAUUAGGACCAAAACAUUUAACGUCUCCAGCUGCUCUGGUUCUCUCUGCUGAGUCAAACCAACCUGUUCCCCUCCUGGCCUGUGGGGGCGCUGCACCAACAACCACUGAAGGAAACCACACAAAAACCUCUGAAGACGCUGAGAGCAACUUCCUUCUUCACCAGAUGGAAACAAGAUGGAGGCGUCGUCUCUUUAGUCAUUUCUCCUGCUAGAGCUAGGCUAACAUGUUAGCUUUGGUUGCAUUUACCCAGAAUGCCCUGUGCUGUAGUCCACUUCCUGUUUGUGGUGCAGUCUCCGGUCCGCUUGACGUUCACAUUCAAACCAAACCCAGACCGGUUGAGGUCAGAGGUCGAUUAGCAUUCACACCUCACCAACCAAACCGGACUUUGACUAGACAGACGGACUGCAGUUGGAGUAAAGCGGACUGAAGAGAGCUGGAGAAGAACCCUUAAAGCAGGGGUGGGCAGUCCGGUCCUGGAGGGCCGGUGUCCUGAUCAAACACACCUGAAUCCAACAGCUGAAUUUCCUGCUCAGUGCAGUCGGGUUCUCCAGAGUUCUGCUAAUGAGCUCAUUAUUUGACACAGGUGUGUUGAAGUGGAGAAACAUCUAAAAGUUGCAACAGACAGCAGCCCCCCCCCCCCCCCCCUUGCCCUCCAUGAUUGUCAUCAUCAUUAAAUCAUUACAGUUCUUCUCUAAACCAGACUUUAGCAGAAGUUUUUCUCCUCUGUAGUUUCAGGAAACUUUCCAGCUCAACUUGGAUUCCAGAAAAAAGUCUAAUUUAAAAUCCAGAUCAAAUAAUAAAGGUUAAAACUAAAAUUUAGUAAGACAGGAAUGCAUUUAAACUCUUUAACCACACGGUGAUGUUAAGAAGAGGCUGUCUGACUGCCUUUUAUUAUUUAAAAUAAUGUUUUUUUUCUAUAGAAAAGUGCUAAGAAUCAACGUAUUUUCCACCCACUGGGCUGUUACUGCCAUCUAGUGGUGAAGCUUGGAAUCGCAUCAAACCAGAGCCAGAAGGGUCCAUUUCUCUGUUCUUCCUCUUCUUUUCUUUUGCUGAUGGUUUUGAUUUUACAUUAUUUCAUGUAGACCUGAUCUAUAAAAUGUUUUCUAUAGAAAAGACACAGGGGAUCCUGGCAGUUUGAGUGCUUCUGUCGCUGGCCCUUUAAGGCGUAAGAUGGAUCUACAUGAUUAUUGAAACACCAGCUGAGCUCAGAUGAGGGGAAUAAAUGAAUAAAUCAACAUGUUGAUAAAACUUUGGGGGAUAUUUGCAUUUUUAUUGUUUCCAUCUGCUUCUGUCUACAUUCAUUUCCCGUCUGAAGGUUGACAUUUAAAAAUGCUUUUUUUUCUAUAAAUAAAGUAAAUGUAAGAUGUGAAGGUUGAAAAUGUGCCAAGUGUUUAUUCAAGCCCUGAAUCGCUUCAGAGAAAAGACUGUUAGUGUUGAUCACACGCCUCCGUCUGACGCAGUGACUGAGUGAAGCCUGAGUGAUGGAUCUCCGUCACCAGAUGGAAAUCAUCAUUCAGGGCCGACCGGCUGCACACCGAUGGAGUUUUGUAAAACCUAAAACUCAUUUCACGCAGAGGACUGAAGAAGAUUCGCUCCAUUACUCAUUUCA